CGUGAAAUCACGAAAAACAAAAGAUUUACGCAAAACGGUGAUGGCGGCAGAAAGUUCUUGGGCCGUCCUUCCUAGCAUAAUAAUUGUUCAGAUAUUGGCAUAUUUGACACCGUCAGACAGGCUCAAAGCAUCAGCAACGUGUAGACGGUGGCGGAGUUGCCUUUUUGAAUCUCAGUUAUGGGAAAGCAUCACGUUUGACUUCACAAAUGGGAAUGCAGAAGGCGCAAAAUUUUUGACGCAGAAAUGUAGCUCAUUUGUGACAUAUGCUAGAGCAAAACUUAGCUUUUGCACUGCAGAUUACGUGCUCAAUGCAACAAGGCUGCUUUCGAGAUUAUCUAGAAACAGGAGACUCCGACGAUUAGCCAUUCAACCCAAGAGCAAUUAUGUUGAAUGGUUAGAAACUUCGGAAACGCAGGAUAACUUUGUUGAUUCUCUGAUUGCAGUCACAAAACAUGCUAGGAAGCUAGAACAUCUUUCGUUAGGCUGUAUCCAAGAACUGACUGACUACGCCGACACUUUCAUUGCUGUUUUGUCACAGCACGAAGCCAGUAAACUUAGAGCUCUUCAUUUAGAGAGUGUAAAGGAAGACCCAGAUGAUUAUGGUCUAAUUGAGCUGCCCCUUACUAAGUUAAAUCUGUUGCACAAUCUUCAAGUCCUGGGCAUUGAUUUUGAUCACCUCAGUAACUCUUUGCUUGAAGGCUUCAUUGACAAUCAUAAGGCCAAACUAGAAAAGCUCAUUGUCAAUGUUCAUGGGAUCCAUCCUGCUCAAGAACAAGUCAGAAAUCACACAUGGUGGCGUUUAACUCAACACAGUCCCAAGUUACGAGUCACACUGAAUCUCAUCCACUCAGCUGAUGGUGUGGAGCAGCUCAUGAAUAUUCUCAAGCCAGAUAUACCCCUUGCCAUUUUGCGUCUUUUCUUUUGCACAACAAUCAAUGCCCAUGCCAUUGAUUUCAUUUCAAAACAUCACUGUGAGACCUUUGAGAAUUUGUAUGUUGUUGAGGGAUUGGAUGAUGGAAACCCUAAUACCUUUGAGGAUCAGAUUGAUGAUGGGAACAUGUUGGUGAUGUUGGCCUGGAGGUGUAAAGUGUUGAAACAUAUCACCUUUAUAGGAUACUUAAUGGAGAGUGAAGAUCUGGCAUGCAUAGCAAGACUGCGAGGUCCAGGCCUGGAAACCCUUCAGGUCCCAGAAUCAUGCAUUGGGACAGUGCCACGUGUAGAACUAGCUGAAGAUGAGGACAUCGAGGUGGAAGAGGUGCUCACUUUGGAGGAAUUAACACAUGAUGUAUCUCACCACCUCCAGCGUCCCUGGAAAGCACUGUCAGAUGGUGACGUUCCUGCAGCAGUUAUUGAUGAGGAGGCAGAUGCUGAGCAAGCAUAUCUCCCCCUCUUGCUUCAGGACCAGCAAUGGUAAUUACCACCACCUCUUCCAAAAGAACUGAAAUGACCCUGUAGCAGAUGUUUGAUUGCCAUCAGCCAACUGAAGAUAAAGAUUCCUCCAAUGACAUCCCAACCAGCUCAACUUAGGGAAAUCUCAAGUUUGUGACACAUUUACAGUAACAUUGGAAGCCAUCUUUUUUUCCUCAAAGCCAUCCCUGCCAACCUCAAACUUGAGGAUUGCCUAUUUCUGUUAUUAUUUCCAAUUGUAGUGAUUAUUAUUGUGGUAGCUAAUCAGUCAGGCCAUGCCAUAGACAUAUUACCAUGACACUGGUGUAAAGAAGUCAAGAUCAAAAGGUUGUGAUAAUACCUGACCUCCAUCUGUGCCAAUACUUUAUGUAAUAUUACAUUUUAAUUGCCACUUACACCAAAGAGGAGGACAGUCAUUUACUGCCCUUAAAACAGGUGUGAUAUGUAUAUAGUGGAAAUAUAAACCUUGGAACACAGAGAGUAGAGAAAUUGGAACAUGAAAGCUAGCUUGAACUUGAGUGGAAGAGAUUCGGUUAUUUAUGGAUGCCUCACACAAAAGAUAAGCAAGCAGUACACUAAUGAAGAGGAUAAUAAGUGAGAUGAUGUUUUUAUGUGAAAUCUGAAUGACAUCCACACAGCAUCUUACCAAAUGCAGCUGAAUAUUUUAUACCUAGCUAAGUUAUUAAGAACUUCAUCAAAUUCAGAAAAUUUAUGAGGUGGUUUAAAAGGAAGUUGAAUCUUGUGUAAGCAAAAUUUUGUCACCAUCAAAACAACAAGUGCCACUUAGGUUGAUUUCUUUAUUAUUUGAAAGAUAUGGUUAAUUCCAUGAUAUUGGAUUUCAGAACAAGGGCAUGUGUAUCCAGUUUAACUUUCUUGAUUUAAAUUGGAUUUUUAACAUACCAACAACUGUGAUGAGCCAUGUAUAUAUCAUAUGCCAAAAAAUGUAAAGAAUUAUGAUGUGGAUCCACAAUCUUGCUUGUCUCGCUCAAUAUCUGUGAUUAGCAAAAUGUUUGGUUACCAUAUUAGUAUAACAUUCCCAGAGUCAGUCAUCUAUGUAGGGUCCAAGCAUUUUUGUGUCAUGUUGAAUUUAAUUUAAAAAGGUACUUCAUUGACUCAUUGAAUAGCUACGUGUAGACUGAUACUGCAAGUUUUCGUUAUCAUUUUAUCUCUGCACAUUAGAAACUUGUGAUAUGAUACGUGGUGAUUUGUGAUAGAACCAUACAGUGUGUUUGAAUGCCAUAAUGUGCCAGUAUGUUCAUUACACAGUGUGUUAUGAUAAUGUGCUGCAGUUUAAAUUUGAUUUGUUUUUAUCUUUUGAGGCAAGCAAGAUAAGAAACAAAAUGCCAUGUAUACCAAAGAUGUGCGAAAGCUAUAAGGCAUAGAUAGAAGGAAACAACUCAAAAUGGCCAGGUGUAAAAACAUUUCACAGUUCUUAAGAGUGCCCAUAUUGGGUGAACGGUUAAAUAUUCUAUUUAUAGUGUUUACUUAUUUUAUGUAUUUCAUCAUUUUUAUGGUUGUUGUUGAUAUAGGUGUCAUAUUUGUAAUAAUACUAAGUUGUUAUAUAAUAUAUGCAUGUUUGAUAAUUAUAGUAUGAUAAUGUUUAUUAGAUAACAGAUUAGUUCUGCUGUACUGUAGAAGCAGCAGUUUCUUACUCAAAUGUUAAUCAAGAUCGUAAACAACCUCUAUAAAAUCCCUUUUUAAGUGCAGUUAUGUACCUUUGAGUUAUGGUGCUAGGAGUCCAGUCAUACCAGUGAAAGAUACACUAUAUACAAUUUGCUCAAACUGCUAACUAGGUUUCUGGUUAUACUAAUUCACAUGACAGUGGAGUUGAAUCUUGUUUGUUUGAAAAUAUGUUUCAUUUAGCACUGUUUAGAUUAGAUGGUUGAGGUUUGAAAUGUAUGAGGUAUUUGUUAAGUAGGUAGUUUUUAACUCCAAUCAAAUUUGAUAUUGUUAUAGGUUUAUGUGUGUUUCAGAGAUAUAUAUCUUAGCGUGUACUUCAGCAUGUACUCAUGUAAAAAUUUACACUGAAACAUCUUACACAAAGGACAAAUGGCUUGAAGAGAAAUGUGAAAAGAUGGACAUGGCGUGUAUGCCCAUAUACAUAUAUACAUAUAUGCACAAAUUCCCAAGAUCACACAAUGCUCAGGAAGUGAAUUAGAUUGAAAUACAGGAGCUACAUACAGAAAGACUUACAUUGUGCAUGUAAACCUGUGGAUGAUAUAAAGAACACAGUCGACAUGUAUUCUGUUGAAAGACUGGCUACAACAACCUCAGGAUGAAGUCACAUUAUUUAUAAAAUCCAGUACCAUGUUUCUGCCUCAUUGUUACAGGAGAAAGUGAAACAGUUUCUCAGUAUUUAUUGAAUGCUAUAUCGUCCUUCCCACCUGGUUACUGCAGAAGCAUCCAGCAAGCCAAGUGAUUCAGAAAUACUGGUGCAAUGGUUCAUUUGACAUGGCUCUAGAAAUACAAUCUCAAAGAGACUUAAUCUAAUAAUUUAAAUCAAAAAGAGAUGCUUCCGUCAACUCUCUGUCAGGAGUGAUUCAUUUAACGAAGGAAAAUGAUCCAUCAAAAGUAUUCAUUCAUUACAUCCAAUAACAAGUGCCACUGUUGUUUUAAUAGAUUGCAUUGGUGAAAUUCAAAUGUGAUCACUUUUUCAAGACUGGGAUAACAACUGGUUCUAUGCUUUGUAGGUUAGAAAAAGUGUCCUGGCAGGUCCAACACUUAAUUUACCAUCACAUAUGCCUUUGCAGAAAGAGAGAAAGAGCAAAAGGAAAUAUGUUGCAAUCAUCAAAAGGACAAAAAUUGACAUUGGCUUUAGACUUAAGAACUUUGAAGUCUAGUCUGCAAAAAUGUGAUUCAUAAUCAAGCACCAUGCAAGGCAUUUAUAUAUAUAUGUUAAAGAUAGAGAAACUUCCACCUAACCGCAGGAGAUAUUAUUUUUAUAUGUUUUAUUGUUCAGAGGUUACCACUGCAAAGUCCAAGGAAGAACCCAACUGUGAUAACAUCUAAGGAAAAAAGACUUGUAAAUAGAUGUAAAAACAAACAAACAAAAGCAUGUACAAACUGAAGAACAAGCAUCAUUGCCAUGGAUGCCAAAUGUUUGAAAAUCCCAGUGCCACAGAAGCCAUGGAUGAGAGACGUGAAUGUUAUAAUGAACUUGUCUCCCAUGACCUUGCUUUAGGUGGACCAUGUGUCUUACAAACCAUUCAUGUCUAGUCAUAUGCACAUGGAACAGAAUGUUGUACAUCGUCUUCAUAAAUCCCAACACAUCUGAACUUAAAGCUGCUUAGUGCUUUGUAUGACAUGGUGUAAUUGGCCUCUUGGAGUACAUAUACAAAUGCAGCAGGGUUAAAGUGAAGCUGGCACCGUACACCUAGCUGGUUUACUUUUAUGUAACGUCUGAUGUUUUGUGGUGUGAAUAUAUCUACACUGAGGUGGGGCUUUAAGAUGAAAAAAGUGAUUGGGAAUUGUUUUAAGUGUGACAUUUUUGGGAGUCCACUGUUUUAGAAUGGUUAUUGUUUAGUGGGACGAUUUAGUUUGAAUUGAUUACUUCAGAUCUGUGCUGUGUUAUAUCUUUGUUGACUUUCAUACAAAUGUAAAAUGGAAAUUGUGUCAACUUUGAAGAAAGUGCCUGAGUAUGUUUAAGUAUGAGUUGUUUGUUUUAUUUACAUGAUCAUGGUAAAUCAUUCAGCCUUUGCCUUAAGACCAGUGCUAGCUUGCAGAAACAAUAAAGACCUAUCUUCCAUUCCAUCUCUGAAGAUUUCAUGCUCAGAGCCUAUCGAAGAAAUUUCACCAAGGAACUGCUUUUAAAGGAAGACUGUAACUGUGAUGAUAGUAUCUUGAUUGUUGUGGUGCUAAUAUUUAUGUGUGUAUAUCUGUGGUAAAGGGGCAGACUUGAAAUACAUACUGUUUCCACUUUGUGUCAGGGAUAUGUUCAACUGAAGGAUAGACCGAAAAUUAUUGCGAUGUAUGAUCAUUUGACAGAAAUAGCUAAUAAGUUAAUGUGUGGAAGAGGAAGAACUUUUUUUCUUUUUAAUUAAUUCUGAUGUAAUAUCCUUUUUGAAAAAUUUCACUUUUCGUUCAGUUGUAUGAAAGCUUUUUAAAUUCUUUUGUUUUUUCUAUUACUCUUGUUAUUUUCUGCUAAACAACAUACUAGAGUUAAUGUCCGUAUGAAAAUUAAUAUGGCAAAAUAACAUGUAUCUAUGAAUUUUGGUUCUUUUUCACACAAUUUCAAAUAUUUAGAGUCUAUUCUCCAUAUGUAUUUCCUCUGAACUGAGCGAGAAAGUGAACAAAAUGUCUUAAUGAAGUACUCUUAAAGUACUAAAAUUGUCUUCUAUUUUCAUUUUUUCACUGAAUGAUCCACCAGUAACCAAUAUUUAGACGAUUCUCUUUCUGUUUGUCUACUUACAAUUUAUAUUUCACGAGCUGUUUUAAUAGAGAAUCAUUCAUCAAUUCUAGUUUCUUUUAGGAUUAGGAUUUCCUUUCUAAUGCAUUGUAAUUGUUUGUGUUCUAAGUGGAAAUUGAUUUUUCAGUUUUUGAUCCUAUUAGAUAAUUGAUAAUGUGUUGACAAAUUGUUGGAUUGCAUUAUGUCUAUACUUUGAAAGUUUGAACCAAAAAUUUGGGGGGUUAUGGGGGUAGUGGUGGUCACUUUUUUGCUGAUUGAAAAAUUUCGAUCAUUUUUUCAAAGUUAAGAAUACUGAGAAAGGCGGGGGUGGGGGGUAGUAAGCUAUAAGAAAUAAUUAUCUACAUCAAGAACAGAUUAAAAUUUGAAACCAAAAUUAAGCAGAACAUUUCUCAUAAAGCACAUUGCUUUAUAUUUUUGGAGGUACUUUAUAAUAGCCCAAGUAAUAGGUUGUAUUGCAGUAACAAAGUCAUAUGGUGAAACCCUGUUUUAUGAAUAUGAAUACAGUGCAUCCAUCAUUUGUAACAAAGCAUUGUCUUUGUAGACUUGCUGUCAAGUAGUGUUUUACAUAUUGGAGUUGAUUUUUAAGUGGAGAUUAAUUAAAGCUGUUUAUCAUGUAUGGAAAAUAAAGUUAUGAAAAUAGCA